GGGUCGCGACGGCACUGGCUUUGCUUGUGGACCGAUCAUCAUGACGCCACGGGCGUCCGAGCUGUGCCGCGCCGCAGCCAACGUUAAAGCGUGCCGAGGUUAAGGUUAUUUUAGGUUUUACAUCAGACAUUCAAAUCCUACUUACAUAUCUUCGUGUUUCAUGUUCAAUUCGAUCUCCUUUUCUAGCCAUUGUACUUCCAUCCUUCAGUUUCAACGCGUAUGAAAUAGAUCACAAAAAGUCUAAAACGGUCAGUAGCGGUGCAGAGUAAACCUUGUUUACAAUUUUAUCUCAUAAUGGGCGUGGCAAGGGAGACAUGAAGGUCCAAUCACGGAAUCCGGAGCAAGCCGCACCAAACUUCAAAUUAGUAAACAAUGCUUUGCUAGCGUGUGUACGUGUACAUGCUGCUGCGACUUGUGGUCAAAUCUCCUCGACGAAUGCAGUCUUGCAGAUUAUUCAGGCCCAACUAUCUUGAUUAAGACGAUCACUGUAGAAUAUAAACUCUAUUUCAUCAACUAUGGGAGUUCCUACCGAUACUUUACGAGGUAGAAGCGAUGACAAAUCAGUGAGAGCUUGUAGCAGUGGAUUUGAUUCUUCAGAUGAUGAUGAAGAAGCUGUUGAUAAAUCACCAUUUCAGAUUGAUUGGUUAGAUUUAUCUGAGUAUGGAAUAUCGGAAAAGCUUGGCAUUAGUGGUCUUCCAGGCUGUAGAUUUGAUGAUAUUUGGAGGAGCUUGGAGAGUGAUAUCAAUGGUCUGAUUUCACAAGGUGUAGAGGACGUCUUUGUGCUGUGUACGAGAGGAGAACUCAACAAGUACCGGGUGCGUAGUCUGAUGCAGGAAUACACUACAGCAGGAUUGAAUGUCCACCAUUAUCCCUUCCCGUCCGGUCUCGUCCCGUCUCCAGCAAACUGCAUGAAGAUGCUCGAGGAGAUAAGGAUCAACCUCAAUGCUGGAACAGGCACGCUGGUGCAUUGCUUUGGUGGGAUCGGCCGGUCUUCUCUCAUCGCUGCCUGCCUGCUGCUGAGGGUCGAUGACUACAUGGAGUGGAAAGAUGCAAUCACCAGGAUUCGCCAGAUCAAAGGUUCACGGGCUAUUCAGACAGUCAAGCAAUACAACUUUGUGAGUGACUUCCGAAAGAUGAGGGAAGAAUAUGAAGCUACAAGAUCAAAUAGGCGGUCAGUAUCUCGCUAAAUACCUUCUUCUUAAAGCUGAUUAAUCUGAAGCCAACUGGAGGGAUUGGUGCAAUCUUUUCCUUUAUACCAGGUAUUUCUUUGUCACUUUUUAGCAGCAAACCAGACCUGGGGUCCUUAGACUAGGCCCCAAGUCUAUUAUGACAUGUAUGUCAGAAACCGAACGACUAGUAGAAAAGAGACUAAUCACUCAGACCUGGAUGGACAAACCAGCCACAAAGCCUUUAGGUACCAAGACAUGGAUAUCCAAGUUGUCUACUGUUCCCAUCUUGAAUCUGCUACCCAAGAGAGUUAGAAACCAAUCAGCGAGCAUACCGUUCGCAUCAAUGAACCCUUUAAAGCGAACGUGUGCCGGUCCCAUAUCAUCAUCCGCAUUGACAUUGCCAAUUGGCGUAUCGGCAUGCCUCGGAAUCGUGUAUGCUUUAUGUCUCUGCAAGAAUCCAAAAGGCCUCGUGAUUGAAGUCACUUAAAUGUGCAUUCACCGUGUCUCACCAACUCUCUUCGACAACUAUUCUUGUUUCAGCCACUACGUGACAAAGAAUAUCACACAAAGUCACAAGGCCUUUUCAAUGGGCUUGUGCUGAUGGGGAAAAACUAAAAUAAUGAGGCAUUUUCACAUUAUUAUUUUUUUCCAAAACUAAAGAGGAGAGUCAUAUAUCAUAAAUUUAUCCAGGAAAUAUCUAGUUUUCACCAUGGAAUAUCUUAAAAUCAUGUGUUUUAAUUGAAAUAAUUAUGAUGGAAAAAAUCUUGUCCUAUUCUUUGAAAAAUGCAUGUAUAGUCUCCAGGUUAUAAGCAAUUUCUUUUACAACUUAAACAUGUAAAUAAACUCCAAGCUAAUAAAUGAAAUAACUUCUAAAGCUCUCCAUGGCAUAACAUGAUUACUCAUAUAGGCUUUGCGGUAAAGUAUUGCCUUUAAAAGUUCUUGAAAACGCUUGAGUUUGUGAAGAACUCGGACCUUUUAUUUUGCAUAAAAGCCUCUAUGACAAAUUUAUAUUUUAUUCAUUGUAUAUAUUUUUUACAGGAAAAUUCAAUAAGAAAUCAAAUAUGCGUAAAGUGUACAGACAAAUUAUAUUCAGUGUGUAAUAUAUAUAUGAAUACAUUAUUAGGUCUGAUUUUUAAGACGGGAUUGGUAAUACAGUCAGAAUAUAUGAUAAGUAUCACAGGUAUUUCACGGUUGCUUAAAAAAGGGUGUACACUACAUAAUCUAAAUUAUUUUCUAUUCAUAAUCUAAACUAUUUUCACCUCGUUAUAAAUCUAAAAAAUUAUGAUGGGGAGAAAUCACAGCA